AUAAAAAUCUGGAGAGUAUUUUUCUUAGAGCUCCGUUCUAUCAGAGUGUCUUGGCAAAGGACCAAGGUUAUCUGGUCAGCGGAUAGAAUUAUUAUCAUUAUUAUCAAGAAAGCUCGCCUUCAGGUUUUCACCACAGGCGGAGCUUGAGUUGCCCUCGUGGAAAUUGACCCCCGACGUCAGUGAAAAAAAACCGGAAGACAAUCCGCAGUGGAGUGUUGUUGUUCAUAUAUAAAGUGUUUCCCCUUCAUCAAACAUGGAAGACCGUAACAUUCGGCAGACGACAACUGACUGACGAAACUCGCCAUCUAAAAAAUUAAAAAUUAAGCAAAAAUUAAAAUGACGAGAGGAGCAGAAGACGGCAAUCCCUGCAGAGAGGAAAAUAGGGGACGAAAUCUGUUCAUUCAAAUUUUUGUGGAUUUUAUUUUACUAUUAGCAGUGGGAGUCCCUGUAAUUGUUUCAUACAAUGGAGGAAUUCCACCUUUCCGGCGCGGUUUUUUCUGUGACGACAACUCCAUUAAAUACCCGUAUGUUGAGGACACCAUUUCCGACGCAGUGCUCAUGGGUGUCGGGUUCACGAUGGCGUUUAUUUUGGUGAUCUUUGUUGAGGUUCCCAGGUACAUGUCCUCCAAACUACCGAUGGCGAAGUCCCGGGAACUUGUGAUUUGUGUCAAGUCCUGCUGUGUCUCCCUGCUUGGGUUUGCAAUCACUAUGGGAUUUGUCCAGUCUCUGAAAUACUCGGUGGGAGCUCUUCGUCCACAUUUCUUAGAUGUCUGCAAGCCGGACUUUUCGGCAUUUAAUUGUAGUCAAGGGUAUAUAUCUCAAUAUACGUGUACCGAAACCAAAUUCAGCGAUUCCAUUUUGAGACGAAGUAGGACGUCAUUUCCGUCGGGGCACGCAGCAUUCUCGAUGUAUAUAGCCGUGUAUUUGUCACUUUUCUUUGAGGUACGAUGUGCGUUCUGGUUUUCGCGCUCCCUGAAGCCUCUCAUGCAAGCUUGCCUGUUCUUGUUCUCCGUCCUAGUCUCUGUGACCAGAGUCCAGGAUCAUAAACACCAUCCUCAUGACGUCAUAGCAGGAUCGAUCCUAGGAAUCAUAGUAGGACUUUUUGUGUUCAAAACCCUUGGAGAAAAGGCAGCAAGGUCACGUGAGAUCAAUUUGUUUGUGCCGUUUCUAAGGAAACAGGAUACAGAUUCUGAACCACGGACGCCGACCCCUUUAUUGCAACAUGACCGAACUUCGUUCCUCCGACUAUCAAGUCAAAAAAAUGAAUGCAAUGGCAACUACAGUUUCAACAAAUCUUCGUCAAGUCCAUCACUGACCAAUGAAAUUAUUUGUCGAGAUGGACUUCCGGUUUGAGUCGAGAGUGCGCACACAGACUUGUUGUGAAAAUACAAACAGAGGCUUUGUAGGUGUUUGCAGUAGAUUCCUUUAGGUUUGUUGCAGACCAUGUACGAAUAUUCAGAAAAUUCAAGAAUAAGCAUUUCUAGAAUUUGUAUUAUUCAGGAAAGAGAGAUGAGGAAUUGUGAGUACAAACACUGAACAGUUCUAAAAAAUCAAGUACUAUCUUACAAGUUCCAGAAUCGAUUUUCAUGGAUCAGAUACUUACAAAACAAUUAUUGUAAACAAAAUAGUUUUACAAUAUCCGUCCUUUGGUAACUGCAAGAUUCUUUGCAUUUCGUGUUAAAAUCGUUCAACAGUAUUUGCGGAUGUUUUUAUAGAACAACAGAGAAUUUGCAUGCAAAUGGUUGUCACCAUACAUUCAUCAUUUUACAUGAAUCUACAUGAAACUGUCAUCGUAUCUGUUUACCAUGUGGAAAUUCUCUAAAAAUCUUUCCGAAAAUCUUUGUCACAUCUUUGUCACGGAUCUUCAAACGGAUGUCUGUUAUCUAAGUAGAUUAUUAUGCUAAUGUGUAUAAAACUAUAAAGUGUACACGUUCUAUAGUAUAUACUGUAAAGAGCCACACGAUUUGCUUGCGUCGUGUCUGAAACGGGUGUCAUUAAUGAAAAAAAAUGUAUGAUAUUUCAUGUGAUAUGUGAUAUAAACUUGAAUGUUGUAUAUUUAACGUUGUACAUGCAAUAAAAUACAAUAUAUUGAUAUGUAGAAAACAAAAAGACAUGCUUGUACCUUUACGAUAAACCUGUACUGUUUAUGUUUCAAUAUAAUAGGCCAAAGAAUAAUCACUACUUUAAUUUAAGUUGUGGGUCAUUUGAAUUUUUCCUGGCCCCUUUUUAUUUUUAGUAAAGGAAUGUUAUCCGAAAUUAAUUGAAUAUGGAUAUCGUAAAUUAACCCCGAGAUACCAGAAUUACUUUUGGUAGGAUGCUUUUAUGUUUGAGUUACGUUCAUGAAAUCAAUGUUGUUCUGUGUAGAAAAUGUUUUUGUCCAGGAAUAUAAUGGCAUUUCAGGAACUUACAUGUAGGAUACAAUAAAUUUUGAAAAUUCUGAAAAAA